AAUCAUGAAGUAUCAAUAACGGAAAUGAAAUCCUCAUUUACCAACAUACAAUUCUUUUAUUCGCAUCGUUGACUGUACCAAUAUCAACGAUAUGUUUAUCAGUUGCGACUCCUAAUUCAAAGAUUAAAGAAUCGGAACUUUGUCAAGUACCAAGAUAAUUCUGUAAGAUCUGACAAACUUUGUUAUUGCACAUAAACUUUUGAAAACAAUAUUCAAUACAAUAUUAAUACAAAUUACACAAUACAAAUUAGACAAUACUAAUUUUGUAAUUAAGGUACUCGAUCCGUCUUUGGAAUUAGAACGUAUCCCGUCAGAAUUGAACAAAUACGCAAAAUACUUUUGAACAGCGAUCUAAAUCGGCGAGCUACAUACACAUGCACGUACGUAUGUCUUAAUGAGCUGACGCGUAGGAGUUGCGGGCACAUGUGGAUGUUUAACGCGCUGGUUUAACAUUAGUCCAUCCAGUGGCAAGGACAAGCCAAUUUAUUUCUUCAAUGGUAUGAUCACCGCGCUAAAUUGGAUAAAUCGGUGACGGUUCUAAUUAACGUACAGGCCUAAUGUAUGCAAACUGUUUAUAUCGGCAGGAGGAAAAGGCAACUGUAAAACGGACCGCGCGUUCCCAUCCUCGUUGAUUAAAAUGUUCUGGUUCAUUUGACGCGCGGGUCGCUACACUCUUUACUCGUUGGCAUUGAUACGCCGCUCGGUAUUACGCAAUAAUCUCCUUAGCACCGUGCUGUUAACUGUGUUACAACUUUCCGUGGGUGUUUCGCGAACUUGCCCGCGCUGGGAAUUGAAUAUCAUACCAUAACCGCGUCUCUUGCGUAUGCUGAUUUCUCAUGGUUCUACAAUGCAGAUAGAUUAUUCUAAUUUGAAUUCGCAUUAUCGAAUCCCACUAAAUUCAUCGUAAUCGUGAAAAAUAAUCGCAACAAUUUGCUGAGUAUCUCGUUCGUGAAACGAAUCUCCAUAAAGAUAUUCGCAUAAGAAUCCAUUAAUCUAAUUGCAAUAUACAAAUAUGAUACUAGAGAAUUGUGAUUUAAAUAAAUAAGAAAAAAGUGAAACGUCCAAAAGGAAUAGCGAUAUCACGGAGAAGAGCCGUUAAAACAACCCGUGGAAAUUAAAAACCAUCAAAUGGACGAAUCCACGAGUGAUAAUGAGAAACAGCCUCGAUCACAAGAAGUGGACGCAGAUCAAAAGCAACGAACCUCUAGGGCGACAAAUUAUAUGACAUCGAACGACACUGACCUAUCGAAAAUUCCAAAACGAAAAUUGUCUGUAUUUUAUCGAUCGUUCGACGUGAUCGCGCAGGUCGAUCAAGAGAAGGAGAAACAGACGCUGGAUUUUCGAAGAACGUCAAGCAGCCCGUCCGUACAAAUCGAAAGAACUCGAGAGGACGCUGAUUCGAAGAAUGGUCAGAUCGAUCAACCAGCGAGUUUGCAGGAAAGACACUUCGUCGAUGAUUAUCGUUCGUUGAACGAGAACGGGAAGUUUUUGAGCUGCUCCUCGCCGAGUCGGCUCAGCGAAAAGCCCUCGUCGAAUAACGAGCAAGUUUCGAAAGCUGGAUCAUUAUCUCCGAUAGGGUUCAAGCUGCCUCAAGUUCUAGAGGACACGAUCGUCGAUAAUUACGCCACAAUUACCGAGACGUCAAUCGGGAAACACUAUAAGUUGAAUAACAAUGGGAAUUACGAGUACAAAGUCGCCGACGAAAAUGCCGUGAUCAAUUCGCGCCAAACCAAUUCGUCACCCAACCUAACCAAUACUAUUCGAUCAUUCGCCAAAGAAAAAGUUGGAAACGCUGAAACGAACAGCUCUGCUGCCAAUGGAACGGCCGAGCCGCAACAUGGAAAUUCACCGCAAACGCGUUCAGCAUGUUCGCGAGCCAUCACGUGCACCGAUCUGGUUAAGAUCAAAGAUUCGGAGUAUCCCCGCUCGUUUGUGAACGCGUCGGGUGCCCGUCGUCUUGGGAAAUAUACAUCAGUCGAUGCCGAAAUGUCGAGUCACGAGGAUAGCUCGAUGGGUUCCGAUAGCGAGGACGAUUCGAUCGAACGGACCGUGCACGCCACGAUAUGUACGCGAAACGAGACGAAGAAUGAGAGGUCACGAUCGAAAAGUAACAGCCCGUUGUCACAAACCUUAUCGUCUAUCUCGAUUGGUGAACCGUCUAGGAAAUUCAACUUAAGAGAAAUCCAUGAUCAAAAAGUGGCGGAGGAUGUUGAGGAACUUUGUCCGGAACAAGUGGAGAGACAAAAACUUUUUGCCGUAAGGAGAUCUCUGUCGGAAGGCGACUGCGAACGAUACCAUCGUACGAAACGUCGUUGCAGAUGCGUCAAAGAAGAGGAAUCGCUCGAUGAAGAACAAGAGAAAUUUCCAGCUUUUCCUAGCUUCAAUGACACUAGGUUACAAAUCAUGGGAUUAUCGUGCUCCAAUGAUAUAGACAGUGUAUACAGGGAAAAUAUACCAGAGAACGAGCUCGAGCGCAAAUAUAUUGCAUUUUCGAUAGGACUUAGUACGGAUAGGAUCACUCUGCAUAAGAGGAUAGCAUUGUCGCUUCGUCAACGAGAUCAAUCGGAACGAAACUUUAUGAAUGAAAUUCAAAAGAUGCAAGAAGAUAUAAACGGUCUGUGUCCACUUUGCACGGAUCAAGAGUCGAUAGACAAAAUAGAAAACGUCCGUCACCAGUUAGACAUGAUAGCACGCUCGGCCCAUAGAGUUUCUUGCGCCGCUGAAACACUCGGAGCAGUGUACCAGGAGCAUAGAAUCUCUCGAGCAAUCUUCAUAGGUGACAAGUAUUUGCAGUUAUUGCGAACCAGAUGCGAAAAUCUGGCAGCAGAUAUCGCAGAAGUCAAACAAAUAUUGUUGAAGAACAAUAUCAUGAUAGAAGAAACUACUGGAGAGGUGGGAGAUGAUUUACCUAAACUUAGAUACAGAAAUGGAUUACCCUGCAAUAAUCGAACAAUGAUGACUAGGAGAAGAGCGAGUAUCGCUACAAUUUCGCGACCCUUGAAUGCACAGGAUAUAAAGGAAACUCCUAGGCAACGUAACUCUAUUUCCGGAAGAGUUAACUUAAGACGGCCAUCGUUAUGCUUCGAAACGCAGAGGUGGGAAAACGAAAAAUUAAACCGAACGGACAGCACAAAUAGUGUCGUGGAAUUACGUGACAUUUUUGAACACACUGAGCCGCGGAGAAAUUCCAUUGAAGAAAAUAACAAUCUCUUAAGAAACGACCAAAGUAAUAACAUUAGUAGUAUGAAUUGUAACAUAGCCAGUAAUACAAGGGAUAAAGAUCGAUCAAUUAUUAAACAAAAUUCUUUCUUGGAAUCAAGUGUAACUAAAACUGUUGAGAAGCAGAUAAAAUCAUGUAUACGAACAACUGAGCCGUUACGAAUAACUAGAAAUAUCGAAACAUGGCGGUCGAUAUUAUGGUUUACAUUUAUCUUCUUUCUCGGAUUUUAUGCCAAACAAAUUACUUCAACAUUUGUUACAUAAUAUAUUAAAUGGUUUUAAUAGUAAGAUUUAGCGUUUUUGUGUUAUGGUGUUGCAGUAUUAAAUAUAUAUUUCCCCGUGUAAUAACACUUACAAGGAAUAAUAAAAGACGGGAUUUACAAAUA